UUUUAAGGCAAAAUUGGAGCGUCUAGAAGAGGAAUUGCUGGAGAUCAAUGCGAGUACGACGUCACUGCGCAAGGAUUACACUGAGUUGAAUGAAAUGCUCGAGGUUAUCGACCGUGUACAGCAGUUUAUGAAUGAGGGCAGAUCUGAGGCAGCUCGUCAGACCAUUCUGGAUGUGCAACAGGGUAUUGCUGGACCGAUUUCGAACGUCGACAUCGGCGAGGACGAUGAAAUUCCAAAAAUUAAACGUAUCGAUGAUAAAAAAGAUGACAACGAACUCAGGUUUUACAUAUUCGCUUCUUUUUCUCUCUUAUAUCAGAUGUUGACUGCUGACACUGUAGUUCGAUUGAGUUCUAGUUCAGCGAUUUUAACGAUCCAUGCGACUAUUAGCGAUUAA